AUCAAUCCAAUUCAAUGUUUUCCAAAUUAUUUUGGUUAAUCAAUUGUUUAUUUGGUCAGUUUGAUGAUCCAUAACAAAGGAAAUGUUUUGUUUUCUCAAUCAACUUGUCAUCUUUAAUUGUGAUGAUCAAUGGAACAAUCUAAGAUUACCUGUUACUUUUUCAUUCUGGUAAAAGAAACUGGUUAUUGGGUCCAAGGUGUAAACAGUGAAUGGUUAUAGAUUUUGUAAACAUCACCUUCUUGGUUAAUUGUAAACAAUUAGCUAAUUUUCGUUCAUGUUUAUUGAAGAUGAUUACGGUUUAUACAAGUUAAUGUUUCGACUUUCAAAUGGUUCUGUUUUCUGUUUUAAAUGUGAUCCUGGAAAUUGGAGAUUGAGAGAUUAACCAAUUUUUGAAUGAAAUCAACAAAGAACUUGAAACCUUUGGUUUACUAUAAAGAUAAUAAAUGUUUUCUUUUCAGUUUUACUCAUCUAGCGGUUAUUACAACCGCUCUUCCGUUGGGCAGUUUCAUCUUCUGUGUUCUUUGGUCACUUUAUUUCAAUUUCAAAGAAUCAACUUCAACCCAUUGUCGAGUGUCUAAUUACCUUCCAUCAAUUAGCGCUUCCGUUGGAUCGUAUUCACCUCAGAAAUAUGUUUGGCGAAUCUGUAUUGCCAUUCAUUCAGGGCCGAGAUAUUUGGUCACUUACAUGUAUUACCUUCUUGUCCAUGGGUCAUUUCAAACUCUGUUACUCAACCUAAUUGAGAUUACAAGUCUAAUUGGAUUAACAUACAUUGGAUCAACUGAGAAUCAUGUUUAUCAUGCCUUUUGUUUUACUAUUUUCAUCAUUUCUGGUUCACUUGGAAUGACCCUGGUCACUAAUUCAACCUACAAAUCAAGGAGGAUUAAAUCAUUUCUUAAAUAUACCAAUUUGAUCUCAAUUGGAUUAGCCAUCGUUUUAUAUUAUCGGCACAAUUGGUUCUGUGAGCCCGGUGUUUACACUUUGUUUGCUCUCGCUGAAUAUGUGGUCGUAUUAACAAACAUCGCCUUCCAUUUUCAAGCUUAUUAUGAUUUCCAACAUCAUGAUCUACUUUUAGUUAAUAGAUUGACUUCCAAUGGAGACCUAACAAUCAACUAAUUAUGAAUUUCGAUCUGGUCCGAAUUUGUCUCUUGGUUAAACCAACAAUCUCAUCUCAAUCUUCAAACAUUUACCAAGCUUACAUCUUUCAAGAUCUAUUAUAUUAUUUAUCUCGUGUUUAAUUCAACAAUUUAUAAUAUUUAGUCAACUAAUCAACUAAUUUAUAUAAUUUAGAAAGGCAAAAAUCAGUAUUUAUUUAGAUUCGAAAGCCACUUUUACAUUUAUAACAAAAAUUGUAUUCGUUUUGUACAAACGGUAACCAAAGAGCAAAUUAAAGACAAUCAAUUAAUUGUUCAA